AGAGAGAGAGAAAAAAAAGCGCAAUGAUCCAUCGAAACGCAGGCUUUGCCCUUUCUUAAUUACGCUGCAUCCAGUGUCUUUGCAUUCCCCCCCGCCUCCCUUCCUUUCCCCCCCUUUUCCGAGACGUUUGUGAAGUGGUAAUUAGCUCUAGGAGAAUAAAACCAGCUGAUUUGGAUCGGGCUGGUGCAUUUUGGGGCGAGAUCGCUAACAGGAUGGUUGCGCUGCUGCUUCUCGGCUCGCUGCUUCUCACUCUGCUGCAGCCUUCCCUACAGGGAGGAGUGUAUGUGCCUGCUGGUACAGGAGUCGGAAUUCCAAGUGGAGGUGUGCCACCUGGUACUGGAGUUUUCCCAGGAGGUGCUGGGGUCCCGUUCAAACCAGCAAAAACUGGAGCAGGUGGAUUCGGGCUGGGUGCAGGAGGCCUUGGCACUGGUGGGCUUGGCGCUGGAGCACUUGGCGCUGGUGGACUUGGCGCUGGUGGACUUGGUGCUGGAUUAGGUGCAGGAGGUCUUGGUGCAGGAGCUGGAGGAAAGCCGCCUAAACCAGGUUAUGGAAGCUUAGGAGCAGGUGGCCUGGGCACUGGAGGAUUCAGACCUGGAGCUGGCUAUGGUGGAUAUGGUGGUGGAGUUUACCCUGGAGCAGGAGCUGGAGGACUGAAGCCUGCAAAAUCAGGGCCAGGUACUGGAGGGACAGUAUUAGGUCCUGGCACUGGGGGCACCGUACCUGGCAGUGGGCCUGCACUCCCUGGUGGAGCUCCAGUCAUUCCUCAGACUGGUCUCCCAGGUGUGGGUCCUGGUGGGAAAGCUGCAAAACCAGGAAAGGCACCAGUGCCAGGCGUAGGAGUGCCUGGAGCCUUUCAAGGUGGAAUUCUGCCUGGACAAGGGUUUAAUGGACUAGGUGUGCUUCCAGGUGUAGCAACAGGAACUGGACUUAAACCAAAGUCAGGUACUGGUGGUGGGCCAGGCCUGAUGCAACCAGGGGUCUUUCAUGGAUACCCUCUCAAAUCUCCAAAAAACCCAGGCGGAUCCCCUUACACUGGAGGCAAAAUUCCAUAUGGUUAUGGUGGCUUUGGUACUGCUGCAGGAUUGCCUGGUGGCAAAGGAGGAGCUGGCUCUAAGCCAGGCUACCCCACUGGCACUGGUGUGGGGAACUUAGGUGUCUCAGCUGCACAGGCCAAAGCUGCUAAGUAUGGCCCUGGAGCUGGCUCAGCUGGCUUAGGUGGGGUGGGAGGUGUUCCUGGAGCCGGUUUAGGUGGGGCUGGAGGUGUACCAGGAGCUGGUGGACUUUACCCAGGUGUUGGAGGUGCUGGUGGUCUUUCACCAGCUCAAGCCAAGGCUGCAAAAUAUGGUGCUAGUGCUGGAUUAGGAGGAGCUGGAACUGGUGCUGGUUUAGGUGGUCUUGGUGGUAUAGGUCCUGGAGGAAUUUACCCUGGAACAGGAGGUGCAGGAGGACUCACCCCUGCUCAGGCUAAAGCUGCUAAAUAUGGUGCUGGAGUUGGUUCAUUUUUGGGAGGUGCAGGUGGAGGCCCAGGAGCUGGAGUUUACCCUGGUGUAGGAGGUACAGGAACUGGCUUUGUACCAGGAACUGGAGGAGCUUUUCCUGGAGCUGUUGCAGGAGGUCUUACACCUGCCCAGGCCAAAGCAGCUAAAUAUGGUGGAGCUGGAACUGGCUUGGGUGGUGGUGGUGUACCAGGUGCUGGAGGAGUUUACCCUGGAGCAGGUACAGGAACUGGCUUUGUACCAGGAAUUGGAGGAGCUUAUCCUGGAGCAGUUGCAGGAGGUCUUACACCUGCCCAGGCCAAAGCAGCUAAAUAUGGUGGAGCUGGAACUGGCUUGGGUGGUGGUGGUGUACCAGGUGCUGGAGGAGUUUACCCUGGAGCAGGUACAGGAACUGGCUUUGUACCAGGAACUGGAGGAGCUUAUCCUGGAGCAGUUGCAGGAGGUCUUUCACCUGCCCAGGCCAAAGCAGCUAAAUAUGGUGGAGCUGGAACUGGCUUGGGUGGUGGUGGUGUACCAGGUGCUGGAGGAGUUUACCCUGGAGCAGGUACAGGAACUGGCUUUGGACCAGGAACUGGAGGGGCUUAUCCUGGAGCAGUUGCAGGAGGUCUUACACCUGCCCAGGCCAAAGCAGCUAAAUAUGGUGGAGCUGGAACUGGCUUGGGUGGUGGUGGUAUACCAGGUGCUGGAGGAGUUUACCCUGGAGCAGGUAUAGGAACUGGCUUUGUACCAGGAAUUGGAGGAGCUUAUCCUGGAGCAGUUGCAGGAGGUCUUACACCUGCCCAGGCCAAAGCAGCUAAAUAUGGAACUAUUGCUGGUUUAGGUGGAGCUGGAACUGGCUUGGGUGGUGGUGGUGUACCAGGCGCUGGAAGAGUUUACCCUGGAGCAGGAGUUGGAGGUGGUGCUGGUGUACCAGCUGGAACAGGAGGAGUUUUUCCUGGAACAGGAGGUCUCACACCUGCUCAAGCAAAAGCAGCUGCUAAAUAUGGUGCUGGAACUGGUACUAGACUGGGUGGUCUUGGUGGAGUACCAGGAUUAGGAGGCCAGGGUGCAGGGUAUGCUGCUGCAAAAGCUGCAAAAUAUGGUGUGCCAGGAGGUGUACCAGGCGGUGUACCAGGUGGUGUGCCAGGUGGUGUACCAGGAGGAUAUCCUGCUGGUGCUAAAGCACUGAAAUAUCGUGUUCCAGGUGGUGUUCCAGGUGGUGUUCCAGGUGGUGUGCCAGGAGGUGUGCCAGGAGGUGUGCCAGGUGGUGUGCCAGGUGGUGUGCCAGGAGGAUAUCCUGCUGGUGCUAAGGCACUGAAAUAUGGUCCUGGUGCCACAGGUUAUGGAGUUCCUGGUGGAUUUGUGCAACCUGGAGGGGCUGGUACGGUGCAAGGAGUUGUUGGAGGAACGGGUGGAAUCCCAGGAACAUCCACAGGAGCCGGAACAUAUCCUGGUGGAGUUAAGCCUCCUAAAUAUGGAGUUGUAGGAGGUACAGGGACUGUACCAGGAGCAGGGGGAGUACCAUUGCCUGGAACAGGAACUGGAAUUGGAACUGGAGUAUAUCCUGGUGGAGUUAAGCCUCCUAAAUAUGGUACGGGAACUGUACUAGGAACAGGAGUAGCACCAUUGCCUGGAACUGGGACUGGAGGAGUACCGUUGCCUGGAACUGGAGGAUAUCCUGGUGGAGUCAAACCUCCUAAACCUGGUGUACCAAGCACUGGCAUUACUGGAACAGGUAUUGUGGAACCUGCAGCUACACCUGGUGUGGGUGUUUUGCCAGAUGGAACUGGACUUAUUUCUCCAGGUGGCACGGGUUUGCCUGUAAAACCAGCAAAGAGCCCAACUCUGCCCCCUGGUGGAACUCUUGGUCCAGGACCGACGACUAGUGUUGAAACUGGCAAGGCCCCUAAGCCCACUGGAGUUCAGCCUGGUACUCUUAUUAAACCUCCAAAGACUGGUGGUGCAGGUCCAAUCCCGUAUGGUGGCUAUGGUCCUUAUGGCGGCGGCGCUACACUAGGAACCGGAGUUCUUCCAGGAGCAAAGCCAAUUACAGCACCAGGUGUGAGAUAUCCUACUGGUAUUGGCCUUGGACCAGGUGGAGCUGGUGUUAAACCAGCCAAACCAGGCUAUGGCUCAUUGGCCACUGGAUAUCAACAAGGUGCCGUCGCUCCAGGAACUUAUGGAGGCUAUCCACAGGCUUAUCCAGGAGGAUAUGGGCCCGGGCUGACACCUCAACAAGCUAAAGCUGCCAAAUAUGGAACCCUUCAGGGAUUCCUGGGUGGAGGCUACAGAGGUGGCGCAGGGUGCCAAGGCAAAUACUGUGGCAGGAGGAGAAAGUAAAAACUCUCUUGGGACAUGAAAUGACCUCAAGAAACAAUGGUGCUACUGCAUGAUCUAGAAUGUACAUUUGAUAUGCAAAAACAAUCCUAUCAUGUACAAAAAUAUGUUUUUUGUUUUUGUUUUUGUUUUUUUGUUUGUUUGUUUUUUUGUUUUUUUACAAACCCAAAGAGAAGCUAAGGAAAGCGGGUGAACAUUCCAGCUGUUCAUGUGACGCAUUCCAAUAUGUUGCUGAUGUUUCUUUUUUUAUAGAUAGGGACACCAGAUCAAGUAACUAAUAAACAGGUUCAUAAUUUGUCAUUGUAGACCUUGAGGCACUCAUUUCUUUUCUUUUUUUCUCAAGAUUUUGAAAGACAGAAGCCAUGAGAUUUCCUUUCUGAUAGUGGUGGCAAUGGUUGACAGACCUUGUGUAGCAGAAUUGGUUUAUAAUUUUGCAUUAGAUAUCUAAUGCACUUUAUUCGUGUUUGUUCAUAUUUAUAGGUGAUGGCCUUUUGUGCCUAAAUUUGAAAAAAUGGUUUAUCAAGUACCUCUGUGGAGACCCCUGUGCUCCAAACAAGUCAGAAAUAUUCUAACAACAUGCCAGUGGUAGUAUUUUUUUUAUACUCCUGAUAGGUCGUUCCAAACUUUUCAAAAUAAUACUGGAUAUUCUUCUAUUGGCUUUAGGAUUGUGAAACUAUUUCAAUCAUAAUUCCAUCCAGUGGUCAUGAAGAAUCCUACAGAAUGUGACUCUGGGGACAUGUAUCCUCGUAUUUCCUCUAUAUUGUUUACAGUAAAUCAGAGUCCUGAUCUAAACACAGGUCAAAAUCUUAAUGAAUUCUGGGUACAAAAACAUCAGCAGUUGUGAACCAUGGUGGAUAUGAUUGAGGCUGUAUUGUGCAUACUUUAUCUCAGCUAUGAAACAGUUCUGCAAAGGACCUAGUGGCAUCCGAAAAGUGAUGAAAACUGUUUAAAAGUGUUUCGUGGCAUCUGAUAAGCUCCACUGUAUCCAUUCUUGCUAAUUGUGUUAUAUAUGAUGAGCUGACUUCAUAAGAUUAUGUUGCUAAGAUGAAAAGUGGAAAACAUAUGCAUUGUUAUCAAUUAACAAAAAGGCAAUUUACUAAAAGAGAAAUAAUAGUGCUGAUUUUACAAUAGACUAGUUUUGUACCUGAAACAAAUGACGCUUCUAACAUUCCUUAAACAUGCGGAGUUGGUGCUUCCAUCACUUGAUCUACAGACGUUUAACCCCUUUAUAUUAAAAGAAUUAGCUAUUAUAUAUCAUAUGCAUACAGUAUGAUGGCUCAUGUAACUGCAGGUUAAUCUGCUUUGUUGCUGUUUCGUUUGCACCAUGUGAACUUGACCUUGACAUUAUUACCGAGUUUGUACACAUGAUAACAAAAUAUUGUUUUCUGUUUUGUUUUGCUUUUAGUAGCUUAUGCAUUUUAGUCACUGUGGAAAUCUGUAAUACUGUAUAAGAUUUUUAAAAUAUGUGAGCUGUGUGUCUGAAAGUUAAAGUGUGUGUGUGUGUGUGUGUGUGUGUGUGUGUGUGUGUGUGUGUGUGUGUGUGUGUGUUUGUAUGUGUAUCUGUGAUAAUCCCUGGUGUGUGUCUAAAUUUUGUUUAAUUGACUAAGCUUCUCUUAAUAAGCGUCAUUAGCCAGUGUAUUACCCAUCUAAUAUUAAAUUAGUUCUUCUUAAUGAUUAAUAUUUCAUGUCAUUGGUAACAUGUACUGUUUCAUCUUCAUUCAAAAUGUGUUUUUUCUUACCUGGUGCUGUAUUUGACCUGUCUGUGGUCAUAUAUGUCUAAUGUGCCGUGGCAUUUCCAUCUAAUUUAAAUAAAGGGGUGGGGCUAUUGCACUUUUUCCCACGGCGCACAUUUGACUUGUUCCAGGAAAUCUGGGCCUUUUUACUGCUUUAGUGAAAAUUAAAUAAACCGUUCUGAAAUGGAAAAGAAAA